AUGGUGCCUGUGAAAUCAUCAUUGAUAGACAAUAUAGUCUACAGAACCUAUCUUCCUAAUGCUGUGAUUAUUAUAUCCGUCGUUUAUAUUUUCUCGUAUUUGGUUCAAUCUAUUACAAAACUAUAUCACCAGCGUCAAAAAAGAAUAGAAAGACAAGAGAGACAACGGCUAAAAGCUAAUUGGAAACGAAUCGCGGCUAAGCAACAAUUCACCAAUGACCUAUCCUGUCCUCAGCCUGUUUAUCAUUCUUCUUCAUCGUCAUCGUCAUUAACGUUAUAUAAUCAUCAUCUGGAUCAUUCCACAGAAAGCGCUUACUUUUGGACAAGACAACAAAAGAAACGACUCCAGUUACUAUGGAAUUGGAGUGUUGCUAUGGGGUACUGUGAAUACAGCCAUGGUAGAGAACUGAAUGCAUUAAUUGAAAUGUUACUAAAAGAGAAAAAUGGGACUUAA